CAGACAGACACACGCACAGAGAGAGACACGCAGACAGAGAGACACACACAGACAGAGAGACACACGCAGACAGAGAGACACACGCACAGAGAGACACGCACAGACAGACAGGCGGAGCACGCACGCAUCCGCCAGUGUCUCAGAAUCACGCAGCUGCUGCAGUCGUUCGAGGCAGCAUGUGGGAAGACUUCGGCGACUUCCAUGCGGAGGCCGAGGGCUCCGGGGCGCGGAGGGGGAAGACCUCGGCGCCGCGGUCCUUCGCCCCCAUCGACACGGUGCUCACCGCCGUCGAGGACACCACGGGGAGCUCCUCGUCCGAGGUGGCCGGCGGGCGGCCCCGCACCACUGGACCCCCGGGUGCGGGGGGGGUCCCACUGCUGGGGGUGUGGGCCGUGGAGCUGCACGGCGAGCAGGAGGGACGCACGCGGCUGGAGCACCGCACGGAGCGCUACGAGACGCCGCUGCCCGUGCUGCGCCGGGGCCUCCCAUUCCCCGUCACCAUCACGUUCAGCCGCCCCUUCGAGCCGCGCUCCGACCGACUGCAGCUGGAGCUCUACAUCGGAAAGUACCCGAGGAUUGAUCGUGGCACCUACAUCCCAAUCCCACUGGCCGAGCCGGGCGAGGAGGUGGAGCCCGGCACCUGGAAGGCAAAGGUCACGGGCUCGGAGGGCGCGCGGCUGGCCCUGCUCGUUCACACGUCGCCCAAGUGCAUCGUGGGCAAGUACCGCUUCCACGUGGCGACGCUGAGCGCGGGCGGCCUCUACCGCUCAUCCCGCGACCCCAACACCGACCUCUACUUCAUCUUCAACCCCUGGUGCCCAGAGGACAGCGUUUACAUGGAGAGCGAGGCGGAGCGGGAGGAGUACGUCCUCAACGACAUCGGCAGGAUCUUCCACGGGACGCGCGACCAGAUCGUGUCGCGCGUCUGGAACUUCGGGCAGUACGAGUAUGGGGUUCUGGACGCCGCCCUCUCGGUGCUGGACUGCGGCCGCCUCCCGCUGCCCGGCCGGGACAACCCCGUGACGGUGGCUCGCGUCGCCUCCGCCGCCGUCAACUCCCAGGACGACAACGGGGUGGUGGAGGGCUGCUGGGUGGACAACUACACGGGCGGAGUCGCCCCCACGGCGUGGAACGGCAGCGCGGAGAUUCUGCUCGACUUCAAGAUGUCGCGGCGGCCGGUGAAGUACGGCCAGUGCUGGGUGUUCGCCGGAGUCGCCACCAGCGUGCUGCGCUGCCUGGGCAUCCCGAGCCGCCCGGUCACCAACUACUGCUCGGCCCACGACCGCGACGCCAGCAUGUCGUACGACGUCUACCUGGACGAGAGCCUGGCGCCCCGGGACGACCUCAACAAGGACUCCAUCUGGAACUACCACGUGUGGAGCGAGUGCUGGAUGGCGAGGCCCGACCUGCCGCUCGGCUACGGCGGAUGGCAGAUCGUGGACGCCACCCCGCAGGAGAACAGCGAAGGGAUCUUCCGCUGUGGACCAUCCCCCGUGAACGCGGUGAAGAGCGGCAUCGUGUACCUGCCCUACGACACCAAGUUCGUGUUUGCGGAGGUGAACAGCGACAAGGUGUACUGGAAGGUGGGGCUGGACGGGGAGCUGUCGCCCGUGGACGUGGAGCGGAGGGCGGUUGGCCACUGCAUCAGCACCAAGGCCAUCGGCUCAGACAACCGCGAAGACAUCACUCACGCGUACAAGUACCCGGAGGGCUCGGAUGAAGAGCGCGUCUCGGUGGAGAUGGCCUGCAGGUACGGCACCAAGCCCAGCCUGCUGGCGGAGGCGCUGGGCUCGCGGCCCAACCACGACGUCGUCCUCGAGGUGACGGCGCCGCUGGACGGCGCCCUCACCAUGGGCCGCGACGUGGCGCUGGGCGUCCGGCUCAAGAACCACAGCGUGGACGGCGAGGAGCGCCACGUCUCCCUGCUGCUGCACUGCGACGCCCUCUUCUACACGGGCGUCGUGCGCACCGCCGUCAAGCGGCAGAGAUUCGACUUGGACCUCCCGCCGGGCGCCGAGCACCAGGUGGUGCUGCAGGUGCGUCGGGGCGAGUACCUGGGCAUGCUGGUGGACCAGGGUGGCCUGAUGCUCACGGCCACCGGGCGAGUGCUCGAGACGAGCCAGCCGCUCGUCGCGCAGCGAGCCUUCCACCUCACGCUGGCGCCGCUCCGCAUCACCGUGCUGGGCGAGGUGCGGAGCGGCUGGGACUUCAUGGCUGAGGUCAGCUUCACGAACCCGCUGCCCACAGUGCUGCAAGGGGUCACCUUCCGGCUGGAGGCCACUGGGCUGCAGCAGAACAAGGUCAUCCGCCACGGCGACAUCCGAGUGGGAGAGACGGUGACGGUGCGGGAGCGGCUCACGCCCACCCGCCCGGGACUCCGCAAGCUCGCGGGCAGCAUGGUGUGCAGGCAACUCACCCAGGUGCUGGGCGACACCGACCUCAACGUGUACUGAGCUGCGAGGUCACGGUCAGGGUCAAGGGGAUGCCGCAGCCGGUGCCGUCGACGCUGCCCACGGCCCGACUCUGCCACCUUGGGGUGCUGCUGUGGCUAGGAGAUGUUAACUGCCCCGCCUGCUACUCAGGAGGUCGUGGGUUUGACCCUGAUUCUGACGAUGCCUGCUGCUGCUGUAUAUGUGGAGUCUGCG